AUGCUUGGAUGGCCUAAUGUCACAUCUUCGGCGGCUAACCUUGGACCUCCAAUUCCUCAGCAGGAAUUUGUCGACGAGGAGCUUUGUCCUGGCUACGAUUCGGCGAAUUUCUAUCCAGCAAAGCCUGGGGAAGUGCUGGCCGAGAAAUUCCAACUACUUGUCAAAAUUGGCUGGGGAUCACAGUCGACCGUGUGGCUCGCCCGUGACAUUUCAAGCAAUGAUGCCGAUGAUGCUCGUCAUGAGAAGGAGAUUGAAGACCAUAUUACUCAGCAAAGUUCAGAGCAUCGUGGCCGUGUGAUUCUGCGCACACGCCUAGAUGACUUCAAAGUAGCAGGUCCGGCAGGAAAGCACAUGUGCCUCGUGUACGAACCGAUGAGAGAGCCUCUCUGGAUCUUACAGAGGCGUUUCGUUGAUCGCCAGCUUCCUUUGCCCAUUGCGAAGGCCUAUAUCUACUUUCUCCUUGUUGGCCUUGAUUAUCUUCACACCGAGUGUAGAGUUGUUCACACUGAUCUAAAGCUGGGAAAUAUCCUUAUGAGCUUUGAAAACGAAAACAUACUCACCAACUUCAUUGAACGACAGCAACAGCAACAGAUGCAACACAAGGUUGAUGGCGAGAGUGGCCGGACUAUCUACCGCUGCCAUAAUGACUUUGGUGCUCUUGACGCCAGAGAAAUCAAAAACAUGGUUCCCAAAAUGACUGACUUCGGGCUCGCAACAAGGCUCGACCAGCCUUCCACUCGAGACGGAAUGGCAGGGGAGCAUCUUGGUAUUUAUCCUAUCCAACCGGAUUAUUACCGUGCUCCGGAGAUAUAUGGAAUUUUGGGGUGUUGCAAAGAGCUGUUCCAGCAGGUAUAUGACGCCAAGGGCCAAUACGACGCAAAGUCGCAUCUUGCGGAAAUGAUUGCCCUGCUCGGCCCGCCCCCAAAGGUAUUGCUAGCGAAAUCGAAGGCCAUGUCAGAGCACAACUGGCCUGAGCCUGUCACAAAUGACACAGGAGAACUCUGCAAUAAUGCCCGAGAAUUCUUUGAUGGGCCUUUCUUUAACGCAGAAGGUGGGUUGACCAACUAUAUCAUGCGUCAAUACCUGAAAUACUGA